GCAGAACAUACCGAAAAUCCCUGCUGGCGAAGAAAAUGAGCUUAGGCAGAUUUCAAAGCUACCCAUUUCUAACUCAUCAGUAAUAAAACGCUUUAUAAUUAGCCUGUUAAUAUUAUCAGCAACUAAUUAAUCGAUUAUUUUGUCCCUAAUGUAACAACACAGAUUUCAUCAAAUGAUGAAAAGUUGGCAAACUAACAUUAUUUAUUACAUAUUUUGUGCUUUUUUGGGACUCUUUACUUUUGCAAAAGCUUCAAAUGGCGACAGGUCAUAUAUAUUUGGGAAAUGCAAUGAAAGCUGCCUCAAGAAUAACUGCUCAAACCUCACAGACUUUAACCUAACACAGCCGCUGUACAUGAAGUUUCUGCAGUGGACAUGUCGAGAUGAAUGCAAAUAUGAAUGUAUGUGGACAACGGUGGACGCUUUCUCCCGUGAUGGCAGCAAUGUACCACAGUUUUAUGGAAAGUGGCCAUUUGUUCGGUAUGCAGGAAUUCAGGAGCCAGCAUCCAUGAUUUUUUCUUUUCUGAAUGGUCUUACACACCUAGCUGUGCUAUGCUAUAGAAGUAAAGUGCCCUCAUCCACCCCCAUGUUUCAUGUAUGGCAUGGCAUGGCUCUGGUUGGCUUUGUCACAUGGAUGUGUGCAACUAUUUUCCAUGCAAGAGACACUCCAUUUACUGAGAAAAUGGAUUAUUUCAGUGCCUUUGGACUUGUUGUUUACAAUCUCUUUUCAUUGAUAUGCAGGGUGAUUGGAUCAAGCCACCAGUACAUACUGUCUGUGGUUGUACUUCUGCUAGCUGGCCUCUAUGGCUAUCACAUUCACUACCUGGCCUUUGUUCGCUUUGAUUACGGGUACAAUAUGAAGGUCAAUUUGAUUGUAGGAGCAGUGAAUGGGCUGGGCUGGCUGGUGUGGUGCUACUACAACCAUCGCAGUAAACCCUAUGUCUGGAAGUGUGCUGCUGUCAUCAUAGGGCUCAAUGGCCUGCUCAUUUUAGAGGUCUUUGAUUUCCCUCCACUUUUCUGGACGCUGGAUGCUCAUGCACUCUGGCAUGCUGGGACAGUUCCUUUAAACAUCCUCUGGUACAGGUUUAUUACAGAUGAUGCGCUGUAUAAGCAAAAAGAAGAUGAUGCUGAUGUUAAAAAAUUGGUAUAGUUGCGCUAUAAACAGUGAUACACAUUUGGUGUGUUUUCUUUCUAGACAGAUAAAAAAUUUGGUAUAAUUUCAUUCUAGACAGAUAAAAGAUUUUAUAUAAUUUCAUUCUUGACAGCCAAAAAAUUAAUUAACAUGUCUAUCUAGACCAGGGGUCUCCAAACUACGGCCCGCGGGCCGAGUGCGGCCCGCGGGUUCCUCUCAUCCGGCCCGCGGACAUCUUUUUGUCCACGGAAAAAUGUUUGUUGUAGGUGCCUGAGGAACUUUGCCCAGAAAAUUCAAAACAAUUUGAAAAUUAGCUUUGGGUGCAAAUACCAUUGCCCGCCGUGUUGCAUACAUUGGUGAAAACAAUGUGACUCAAAUAGCGAAAAAUGAAUGCAAGUUUUGCCAUU